AUGCAUGGUUGUAGCAAUGGCAAGAAGCUGAUGGCAAUUCGUAUUGUCAAGCAUGCCAUGGAGAUUAUUCAUCUUCUUACAGAUUUAAACCCAACUCAAGUUAUUGUUGAUGUUGUUAUUAAUAGUGAAACUUGGGAAAAUGCAACUCGAAUUGGUUCGGCUGCAAAGGGCUUUUCAAUCAAUUAUGCAAUCAAGAAGAAGGACGAGAUUGAACGAGUUGCCAAGCAAAUCACUGAUGGAUAUAUACUGCAGACCUUUAGGCUUGUGGUCUUAGUUCAGCAAUGGUUCCAUUUUGAGAGCACAAUAACUUGUUAG